CUCAAGGCGCUGCCAUCAAGGCGGCUUUCGCGCAGCAGCAGCAGCAGCAGCAGCAGCUGCAGCGGCAUUCGAGGGAUACGUGCUGACUCGAAGGCUGCUUUUCCUGAGUCUGCUGCUGCUCUUGCUGCUGCUGCUUCUGCUGUGGAAAGGCAGGCUGCUGCUGCUGUUGCUGCAAAACCAAAAGCAGCAGCAGGACCGGCAGCAGCAGAAACAGCAGCAGCAGCAGCAGCAGCAGUGGGACCGGCAGCGACAGCAGCAACAGUAGCGGCAUCAGCAGCAGCAGCAGCAGAAGCAGCAGCAAAAGCGCUAACAGCAGCAAAUUCCCCUGAAGACACAGCUGCUGCUGCUGCAACUGCUGCUGCAGCAGGGCUGCUGCUGCCCCCGCUGCUGCUCCCCACACACAGCCCUGGCUGCGGAAGCCCCUGGGGGCAGCAAACUUAUCGGUCAGCUAUUAAUAGGGACCCCUCCCCGGGGGCCCCUGAGGAGGGGCCCCCUUGGGGGCCCCCAGGGGCCCCCAAGGGGCCCCCCAGGGGGGCCCCCAUAGGGGGCCUCCCUUGGCGAACAGCGGGGGAGGGUUCCUGGAGAGACACGUCUAUGAUGCUUCCUGCUGCUGCUGCUGCUGCUGCUACUCCCGCUGUUUCGUCUGCUGCUGCUGCUGCUGCUGCUGCUGCGCGCCCGCGAGCCAGCUCAACAGCAAAGGGAAGAGGGGAGGCUGCAGCAGCCCCGGCGCAGCUGCCAAAGAAGAAGUCCGGAGCAGCAGCAACAGCAGCAGCAACAGCAGCAACAGCAGCAGCAGCAGCAGCACCUGCAGCAGCAGCAGCAGCAGCAGGAGUAGCAACAAAGGGCUCAGACCUCGCCAGGGCCCGCGGCUUUCUGCGCAAAGAAGGCGAAGCAACACAGCAGCAAACAGCUUCGCUGCUGCAGGGCCUAGCAGCAGCAGAAGCAGCAAAACAGAAAACUAGGAAGCAAAUAAAGGCUUCCUGGGCCUUGAAAGCAGCACUUAAAGCCACCAAGGAGGCGCUGCAGCAGAAGCAGCAAACUCUGGAGGGCCCCACGCUCCUCACUGCCUUUGGAGAAUACCAGCAGCAGCAGCAGCAGCAGCGGCAGCCGUUAAAGCUGCUCGUCAGGGCGG